CAAGUGAAGAAGUUCCUCUUGGAAGAGCAGUGCGACAACGUGGAAAUAAACUAGAAUGGCUGUAUUAUGGCUGGUCCAGUUUUCCAUUGUGACUCUUAAUAUCUUCCUCGGAUUCCUGAUUGUCCUGACAAAAGGGGACUUUUGCGGAUGCGUUUUCGAAACUCAACUCGACCAUGCUUUAUUAGGUCACGUUAUGUACACGACUGUUGUUGUGGACGAGUUUGAGUGUCGGUUAAAAUGUAUGGGAAAUAACAGUUGUAAGUCGGUCAAUGUUUAUCCCGGUGACAGUGCUGGACAGCGCAUCUGUGAAUUAAAUAACAAAACACGGCAGUUGAAGCCGAGUGAUCUUAAACGGGAGAAAGGAUCUACAUACUGUGGCUCUGUUCAGGUAGGUAUUAAGUUUUAAAUUUAUCGUGGUUACUUGCCUAUAUGCCAAAGAUAUUCGGUUAAUUUAUUUUGUUUUGAACGUGAUUAACCGGCGUGAUUUAAAGACA